AGCGAGCGGGUGCAGGACGGGCGGGCGGCGGCGUCUCGGGUUGGCGCUUCUGGAGCUCUGCAGGAGGCCGCUGCCAGGCGAGCGAACCCUCCCACGCUUCUCACGCCGUCUCGCUGCUUCUUCUCGGGCCUCCUCCGCGCCUCCCCCGCCAUGGCCGAGGCGCCUCAGCCCGUGGAGACCGACCCUGACUUCCAGCCGCUCGCCCGCCCCCGCUCCUGCACUUGGCCGCUGCCCCGGCCGGAGCUUGCCCCAUCCAGUCCGGGACAGACGCCCACUCCGACUCCGGCCAGGGCCGCUUCUCCGUCCCGAUGCGGGAGGGUGGCGGCCCUCUGCGUCUCCCCGUCCGGCGGUGACUUGCUGAGCUUGCUGGAGGCUGGCGGCGGCGAGGGCUUCGAAGCGAGCGCGGGCGGCUCGGCUGCUGCCGGAGCGGGAGAGCUCGGAGCGGCGAGCGGCUGCCUCUGCGGAGACUUCCCUUGCCUUCAGCACCCGCAGCAGCAGCCGGCGGCGGGGCCCGCCUUGGCCUCGGUGGCAGGCCCGCGCAAGAGCAGCUCGUCCCGCCGCAAUGCCUGGGGCAACUUGUCGUACGCGGACCUCAUCACGAAGGCUAUCGAGAGUGCCCCCGAGAAGCGACUGACCCUCUCCCAGAUCUACGAGUGGAUGGUCAAGAACGUGCCCUACUUCAAGGACAAGGGAGACAGCAACAGCUCUGCCGGGUGGAAGAAUUCAAUCCGUCACAACCUCUCAUUGCACAGCAAGUUUAUCAGAGUACAAAAUGAAGGAACAGGAAAAAGUUCUUGGUGGAUGCUCAACCCAGAAGGAGGCAAAAGUGGCAAGUCUCCCAGGAGAAGGGCUGCAUCCAUGGACAACAGCAGCAAGUUUGCCAAAAGCAGAGGAAGAGCUGCAAAGAAAAAAGCGGCUCUUCAGGCGGGUCAAGAUGGAAAUGGUGAUAGUCCAGGUGCCCAGUUCCCAAAAUGGCCUGCAAGCCCCAACUCUCACAGUAAUGAUGACUUUGAUAACAAUUGGAGUACCUUUAGACCGAGGGCCAGUUCUAAUGCUAGUACAAUCCUGUCAGAACAAGAUGAUCUCGGGGAAGGGGAUGUGCACUCCAUGGUCUACCCUCCGUCAACCACCAAAAUGGCUUCAACUCUGCCCAGCCUUUCUGAGAUGAGCAGUUCAGAAAAUAUGGAAAACCUGUUGGAUAACCUAAAUCUUUUAUCGCCUAACACAUCCUUGCCUGGAUCAACUCAGUCUCCGCCCACUACCAUGAUGCAGCAAUCUCCCUGUUACUCAUAUACUCCAUCCAACACAAGUAUAGGUUCAUCAAAUGCAGACUACAGGAAAUACAGUUAUGUCCAGACCAGCAUGAGCUCCUUGUCUCAGAUACCCAUGCAAACUAUUCAAGACAGUAAAUCGAGCUAUGGAAGCAUUAGCCAAUAUAACUGCCAUGUAGGACUUCUCAAGGAGCUGCUUACUUCUGAUUCACCUCCGCACAAUGAUAUCUUGGCCGCUGUAGAUACUCAUGUUUCCCAGCCUGGUGGCGGAGGGCUGGGGCAGAAUGUAUUACUGGCUACUAACUCUGCAAUAUCUCCAUUUGGCAACCAGCAGUCUCAUAGCAAAAUAAUUGCCCCUAGUCCCCACCCACAUCAAGGACACGUCCAGCCAGCCUCAGCAGUUAACAGCCAUACCUUGUCUCUCACACUUAGCACUUUGUCUCAUGCUUCAGGUUUAAAUCGUUCGUCCACAGCAAAAACCUCAGUGCAAGUGCCUAUGAGCCACCCGGUGCAGAUGAGCAACACGAACCCUUACACCACUGUGAACAGCUGCAAUGGUUAUGGAAGAGUGGGGAUUUUCUCUUUGCAUCACGAAAAGCUCCCCAGUGACUUAGACGAUAUGCCUAUUGAACGAUUGGACUGUGAUAUGGAGUCAAUAAUUCAUAGUGAGCUCAUGGAUGGGGAGACAUUAGAUUUUAACUUUGACAGUGUGUUGCCUAACCAAAGUUUGUCUCAUGGUGUUAAGACAACAACACACAGCUGGGUGUCAGGAUAAGACUGGAAGGCUACAGUUUAAAGUACUUCAAACAUCUCUGACUGCAAGAACUGAGCAAGGGAGUCCAAAGAUGUCCUUCAGCCUUUUUGCAUUUUCUUCUGUAAUGGGGUUUUUCCUCUUGUCAAACUUGGCUGCAGAUUUUUCCUGUACAUUAAGUUUGCCAGAUACUUGCAGGUUAUUUGCUGCUGUAGGUAAGGAAUGUACCAUUAGAAGUGUCUUUAUUUGGAAGUGCCAACCUCACCACAGUGUCCUAGAAAAGCGGAAAAUAUUUGUGCAUCAUGUUGUGAAUUGUCUGUGUGCAGUAAAAGGCAUAGAAGUAAAAUGGUUUCUUUAGGAAUAUAUUAAGAUUCAAGAAAAGGUUAAGAUUUUUAAUAAUGUGGUAGCUUUAAACCUUCAUUUUUAUCCCCUUUAUAUUUUGAUCUGCUGAACUCAUAGAGAACUAUGGACAGCUGGAUUAACUGCCUUAAACGUAUUAUAGUUGCUGUACAUUUUGUAUGAGAACAUCAUUGAAAACCAAAGUUUUUGGCCAUUUAGACUUCCAUAUCAGAAAGCAGUUUGAAAGCAUUGCCAUCUUUGUUUUUGAUCAUAUAGUAGAUUUACUGUAGGGACCAACUUCUAGGUGGAUAAAUGGAUGGAUUGUUUUUAUUGAUCAUGUUAAAUUUUAUAAUAGGCGUAUAGCUAUUUUUCUUAUCUACUUUGUUAUACAAGCUCCUUAAAUAUUUGCAGAAUGCAAGAUAGCUAACAACAUUCAUAACAUUUUGUAUACAGUAUUUUAACAAAAUUAAGGGGAGAGCAUUUAUAUUAGCACUCUGUAAGAUUUCUAAAGAGGCUUUUCAAUGUAAAUUUUUUGUGUUUUUUUUCCUGGCAUGAGGAUGAUCUGCAGAUGUAUACAUAUAGAUAACUUUUAUUACUAUAUUGACACUGAUGACUCUGAAGUGUUAAGCAUUGUUUAAUGAUAUGUACAAACAUUGAUAUUUGUAUUUAUUCAUAUGAACAUUUCAUAAAGUUUGUUAGCCCAGGGACAGGAAAUUCUCGGCUUCAUGCUAUUCUCAUUAGUAAUCUGCUGUGUUUCCCUUGUUCUGAGGUAUAGGGUUUCCAAUUUCCUUUUUAAAAAUGUCUUCUAUUUUAAAAACAUCUAGAGAGCUAGAACAUAUGUUGUGGCAUAAGAACAUAUCUAUCAGGAAUAAACCUAAAUCACAAGCUGUGUAGCUUAAUUAUAUAAAUAACAGUAGCGUUAGUCAGUGUUUAGUGACCUAAUUCUUACAUUUUGAAGAAGAACCUCAGUUUUGUACUCUCUUUGAAAUAGCUGAUAACAGCAAGCAUACAAUGUGUAAGCAAACAACUAAGUAUAAUAUUGCAGCUGCAAGCUAUAAUUUUGAUAACUUCUUAGCAAACUAUUCAUUGGAUAUCAUUCAUCUUUACUGCUGUCCCCACCUGCAAAACCCAAGUAUAAAAUGUAAUUGUUAAGUACAAGAAUACCUGGACAAUGCCAUGAUUGCUAGAGAAGCUGUGGGAUCUUCCUGCUUAGAUGUUUAAGAGGGCAUUGGUGACAUCCACAGGGAUGGUUUUAAUGGAGGUUAAGUUAGGACAGCCAUGCAGGGCCUCAUGCCCAGGGACUCCUUCAGUUCAUUGUGGCCCACUGGACUCCUGAGACAGCCAUGCCCCUUUGCCAGCCAGCCAGCCAGCCAUGGAGUGGCUUCUCUGCUUUUGCAUGACUUUUCUCCCCAUUCUGCAAGCUUGAAGUGCUUCUCCUCUGGCCUAUUUUCAGUCAGUCAGAGCUUUAAGUUACUAUUUGAACUUUUUGAAAAAUGCUGGGCCCUCUCUCUUCUGCCUGUGACCCCAACCACAGGGAAUGUGUUCCCUGAGAGCUUAUCUGAAAGAGGUUAGGGUGAAAGAGGUUCCCACUUCUGGGCUUGGAUGCAUUCCUGGGUAGGCAGUCAGAACCAACCUGUUUUUGGCCAGGCAGCUCAUGUUUUCUGUCCUGUGCCUCUCUGCCUCCUCCUCUCUCCCAACUUGCUUGGCUUCCCUCACUCCACCACUGAAAAUACAAAGUACCUGGGUUGGGGUGGCACUGGGAUAAGGAAACUAGAGAAAAGCGGUGUGUGUGGCUUUUGGGGUUAACAAGGUGUGGCUUAAUGUUGCUUUGCUCAGUUUUGCUCUUAGUGUACAUGCCAGUGUCCAGGUGUAGUUUACGUACUCUUAGAAUAUCAGUAGUGGCAGAAUAUAGUAGAUACGCAGAGAGAGUUUUGAGGUGGCUGCCAUGUAAUCCUAGGAACCAUUUUUAACUGCUCCCCUGCAUUGAAAAAAUAGACACAAAAGCUCCCAACAAAUAGGAAAUUGGUACCAUCUGCCCAGCUGUGAAGAAACCCACCCCUCUUUGAACACUGACAACUUCUGUUACCUGGGCCUGGUGCUCAGUAGCAUUCUUAAGGGAAAGAGGGCCUAGCAUGUAAUAAAACAAGUACGAUGAAGCAAACAUUUCAUGACAGUUGACAAAAUAUGCUUUUACACAGACCUUAAUUUUUGUAGUACUUCAGUUUAAAAAAUGUAAAUAAUGGCUGUAUGUAGAAUGUUUUGUUUUUGGCUCCCCCCACCCCCAGUCUCUGAGAAGCAUAUUAUACAAUAUCUGUUCCAACUUAGUGUAUUGUUUCUACUGUAUGUUUAUUAAUAGUUGCAUUAAAGGGACCUCUUCUUUGAUAAACUGACAAGUUGCAUAAAAUGGUAAGCUAUUAUACUGUGGAAUGCUGACAACUCAACAUCCCUGAAGAAGAGAAGAAAAGGUUAUUAAGGCGGACCAGUUUUUUAUCAGUCUUACAAUGCAAUUCAGGGCAUGUUUGCUCGGAAGUAAUUCCUACUGUAGUCAGUGGGGCUUACUCCUGAGUAAGUAUGUUUUAGGAUUGCAGCCUUAAAGUUUGAACUUGUUCAAUGGGAUUGGAUCGGUGUUGCUAUUUGAUUUUACUUUGAAGAUUUUAAGUUGACAUUAUGGAAUUUUCAGGCUUGUUAAUUUAUAACUAAUUUUUAAAUAGGGUAACUUUUGUAUUUAAUUACUAAAAGUAAUGCUGUGGUUCAUGCAAGCUCUAUAUAUAUAUAUAUAUAUAUAUAUAUAUAUAUAUAUAUAUAUAUAUCUGCAUUAAAACCAGUCCUUUACAAUGGACAUCUCCCUCUUUUCGUGCCUCCCCUUCUGUCUAAGCAGAACUAUUGGCAUGCAGAUAAUUUACAUGUUAACUUGUGAAUUGUUAGAACACGGUGGUUUUACUGCUGUACACUUCAGACUAUCGUUUGCAUAUUUGUGGAAAAGUGCCUGAUGUUUUCCAAACAUAAAAUAAUUGUUUGUAUAAAGCCAUAAAUGUAUAUACAUUGCUUUAAUAGUGUUGUCUUUCAUAUGAUUAUUUGUAUGUUGAUAAAGGAUUCUGUUUGUUACUAUUUGUAAUAAUUCAAAUAAUUGUGUAAAGGGCUUUAAAACCUUCUAAUUUGUCUAUACAGUAAUCCUGUGAGGUAGGUUAUUUUUUGUAUGGUGCCUUGGGCACUUUUUAUUGGAAAGGUGACCUAAUAUAUUUUAUAAAUAAAUAGAUAAUUAGUGUU